CAAGGUAAGCUAUGUAGUUGCCCUCCAUUCUUCCACCACCUAUUUUGAAACAUUCUCUCUCUCUCCUCCACCACAUUUUAGGGAGCACCCGCGCUUCUUUCUGCGACCCACAUCGCUGUUUUUUAUUUUUUCAUUUUUGGGGUUGUUUAUUUGCUGGUUCCGUUUUUUUUUUUUUUUGUGGCUUUACCCUUCAAAAUCGCUCCUUUACCAAAAAUUUGAGCGAUGAAUUGUUGGGAUCAGGUUCCUGUUGGCAUCUCAGAGUUGGCUAUGACAACCUCCGCAAUGUUCAUUGCAUCAAAAGCCAAAAGCCUUUGAUUCUUAGAAAAGCUAAAAAGCUGGCUGUUUCGUGGUUGCUGCUAUCAAGAUGGAUUCGGAAGGCGAGUGUGUUAGAACACCAAAGAUGGAAGCAGAAGGGGCUCUGAAUUCAAAGAUGAAGGGUGCUGGAAACGUGAGCAGUAAGGAUAUGAUAUUCAGAGCUGAUAAGAUUGAUCUCAAGAGUUUGGAUGCACAGCUGGAAAAGCACUUGAGCAGGGUUUGGUCGAGGAGCAUUGAGACUAAUCGCCCCAAAGAAGAGUGGGAGGUUGAUUUGGCCAAAUUGGAUCUGCGAUAUGUUGUGGCUCAUGGGGCGUAUGGUACUGUAUACAGGGGCACAUAUGAUACCCAAGACGUUGCAGUGAAAGUGUUGGACUGGGGUGAGGAUGGUGUAGCUACUGCUGCUGAAACUGCUGCUUUACGGGCAUCUUUUAGGCAGGAAGUUGCUGUCUGGCAAAAACUUGACCAUCCAAAUGUGACAAAAUUUGUUGGAGCUUCGAUGGGUACUUCAAAUCUUAAGAUUCCGCCAAAAAACCCUUUGAAUGCCGACGAAGAGUCCCUUCCCUCUAGGGCAUGCUGUGUUAUUGUUGAGUUUGUCUCUGGUGGGACACUAAAGCAAUAUUUGUUUAAAAGUAGGAGGAGGAAACUUGCUUAUAAGAUUGUGAUUCAGCUGGCUUUGGACCUUGCUAGGGGUCUUAAUUAUCUACAUUCAAAGAAGAUUGUUCAUCGAGACGUUAAAACAGAGAAUAUGUUACUAAGUACUAGUCGGAAUCUAAAAAUAGCUGAUUUUGGAGUUGCUCGGGUUGAAGCUAUGAAUCCAAGUGAUAUGACUGGUGAAACUGGAACCCUAGGAUAUAUGGCCCCAGAGGUUCUGGAUGGGAAACCUUACAACAGGAGAUGUGAUGUCUAUAGCUUUGGCAUUUGCUUGUGGGAAAUUUAUUGCUGUGAUAUGCCUUAUCCAGAUCUAAGCUUUGCUGAUGUGUCAUCUGCAGUUGUUCGCCAGAAUUUACGACCAGACAUUCCAAGAUGUUGUCCAAGCGCCUUAGCAAAUAUCAUGCGGAAAUGCUGGGAUGCGAAUCCAAACAAGCGUCCAGAAAUGGAAGAGGUGGUGAGGAUGCUUGAAGCACUUGAUACUAGCAAAGGUGGUGGUAUGAUACCUGAAGAUCAGAGUUCAGGUUGCUUUUGUUUUGCCCCAACCCGAGGUCCCUAAUUCUCGAACCCAACACAACUUGAAUAUGUUGCGUGUUCAAGAGAUGAAGUCAAGCACUGUAACUGGCAAUUGAUAUUUUAUGGUUUUUGGCGGUUCACAGCUCAAUAUCCUUUCCUUAUGGCCAGAAUAUUGUGAAAAGAAAGGAAGGGAAUUGUAUUUUAUUUUUUAAAUUUUUGGCUAAAGGAGGGAUUUUCAUUGCUUCUUACAUAUUGUAUUUAGUACUGAAAACUGCUUUCUUUUGAGCAUGAAAAUGGCUUAUAAUCUCUAAUCAAAGUUACUACUACUACUACUACUA